AUGCAACACAAAUUAAUUACAAAUGCUGCUCUGGAUGUGUUGCUAUCACUGUUCUUCUCAAAACUACCUGAAUCCCUGAGGCUCAUUCAUUGCUUCCGAGGAGCCGGGUCGAGACAGCGGAGGCGAUGGUGUCCAAGACAAUUAUAUUUGGGCUGGCUGUUGCCUGCAUUUUGGCGGCCACGCUCGCUAACCCGACACCCGGUGGAUACGGUAAAGGUCACGGAGGUGGAUAUGGCCACGGCGGAGGUGGAUACGGAAAAGGACACGGAGGAGGUGGAUACGGACACGGAGGAGGUGGAUAUGGCCACGGCGGAGGUGGAUACGGUAAAGGACACGGAGGUGGAUACGGACACGGCGGAGGUGGAUACGGAAAAGGACACGGAGGAGGUGGAUACGGACACGGAGGAGGUGGAUAUGGCCACGGCGGAGGUGGAUACGGACACGGCGGAGGUGGAUACGGAAAAGGACACGGAGGAGGUGGAUACGGAAAAGGACACGGAGGAGGUGGAUAUGGUCACGGCGGAGGUGGCUAUGGCAAAGGCCAUGGAGGUGGAUACGGCCACGGUGGAGGUGGAUACGGACACGGAGGAGGUGGAUAUGGCCACGGUGGAGGUGGGUAUGGCCACGGAGGAGGCGGUUAUGGUCAUGGAGGCGGUGGAUACGGAAAAGGACACGGAGGAGGUGGAUACGGACACGGCGGAGGUGGAUAUGGCCACGGUGGAGGUGGAUAUGGCCAUGGUGGAGGUGGAUAUGGCCACGGAGGAGGCGGUUAUGGCCAUGGAGGCGGUGGAUACGGCAAAGGCCAUGGGGGUGGCUACGGGUAUGGCCAUUAAGGUCAAAGUGAAAAAGUGUUGCGUCGAAAUGAGUUCGUUGAUACCUGUAAAUACACAUGAAAUAUAUAAAUCCGAAAUCUACUAUAUACUCUUAUUCUGAUUCCUUUAAUCUUAUGAUAUAUAUAUAAUACCUGUAUUUUGCCAUUU